ACACUUCCCUUUGUUCCUUCUCUAGCAUUCACUAUUUAGACUACACAUUUCCUUGAAUUCACACGUAAAGAUCACUCAAAGAUGGAAGCCCUCUUCUCCCAAUUCACCUUCCUCUCAGAUCAAGCUCUGCAAGACAGAUCCUUCGACCCCUCCACAGUCGAAGACCUCAUGAAACUCUUUGAGAUCGAAGCCUACAAGUCCUGGGCAGCCAUGGAACUCGAGGGACAGAGGGAGGAAGAAGAAGCAGAGGAGUCCCUGCAGCAGGCUGAGGCUCAUCUCGAUUCCGUCCUGGACAGUGCCAUGGAUGAGUUCCGGAGAUUUGAGGAAGAGAUGGAACGGAUGUCGAGAGAGGAGCUGGAUUCUCUGGUUCGUACAGGGGAGAAUGCACGGGAAAUGGGGAACCUCAUGGAGAAGGCGGCGAGUGUUGCUUCCAAGAGGUAUAUUGAGGCGGUGAUGAAUUCUGCGGCUGCUUCCAUGAAGUCUGCUUGGAAGGGGAUUUCCUCUCACAAGGUUCAUCCUUCAUGAGAGAUUUUUAUUUUUAUUUUUUUCUAUGCAUAAUUGGACAAAAACCCAGUUCUGGUUUCGGGUAUCUUUAAAAAUUUAGUUCUGUUUAUUGAAUUUCUUUUGAAGUCUAUUGUACGAAUAUUCUACUUGUUGAAUCAGGUUAUGGUACUUCACUGAUGAUCCAAAAACAGUAAUCCUUUGUGCUGCCAUUUCAAACAAGA